UCCUUAUUUCUUAAUGGCAGUGAAAACUCGGGAAUAACUUAUUCGUAUCCUGAUUUGUGUAUUUAGUUGCAAGAAAAAAGAAACCUUCCUUAUAUCUUAAGGCCUGUGAAAAAUGGAGGAUAACAUAUGCAUAACCUGAUUUAAUAUCACAGUCAAAUUCAUAGCAGAAAAGAUGGAUUAUAUUUUUUUCAUUUGUAAAAUUGUUUAUAUUCUAUUGUGUCUACCAAGUCAUCAAAGCCAAAAAUGUGGCACCUUACGGGUCUUAGAUACCGACGACAUCAAUCAAGGUGAAGAUGUGAGACUAGAAUUCUCAAUUAUCCAAAGUUAUAGCACAAGUUUGGUCCGAUGGUGGAAAUAUGAUAACAACAUAGACACUACCUUACCUCGUUACUCUAUUGACGUUCAAACUGACCGGGUCAUGUUGACAAUACGUAACUUCACAGUCGGGGAUAACGGUGAAUAUGGAGUGAAUUUAAAAGAGACACAGUGCUCACCACCGAACAAAAUUUUACUUACGGUUAAAGAGUCGAAGAAACUUACCAUAAUUCCCCAAUUCCCUGACAACGUUACCAUCCCAGAGUUGGAUUGUGCACAUUGCCUGGUUGGAACAGUUGGCGCCUAUAACAACGUAGAAUGUAUUGUGUCUGGAAUCAGCCGGAAAAAUAUGAACAUGGAGUUAAAGCUGACGAGAAAUGGUCUAGAUGUUCCCAAUGUGACUGCGGAAGCUUUCCCCUUUUAUCGAGCAUUUUAUGCAUACAUGCCGAGUGAAGAAGAUACAGAUCAUACCGUUACUUGCGAGGCCACUGGAGAUGGCCAACAGCCGGUUGCAGUAUCAAUCACUCUUAUUAUUCUGCGGAAACCAUCGAGUCCUACAAUUUUAUUAUCGGGCUCAGUUAAAGAAGGAGAGAAUCCACGUAUAACUUGCCAAUCCUUAAAUGCCAGACCAGAGCCAAGACUCUACUUCAUGUACAAUUCAACAACUUACAAUACAAACAACAGCUUUUCCAAAAUGAGACGCGAUGGAACCGUUGAUGCUAAAACAAUCCUAGGAAACCCUUUCAGCCGUUAUGACAACACUAGGAGUUUAAAUUGUUGCGUUGAGUUUAAAGAGUAUGGCAUAAAUGAAUCUAGAAUGAAAACGAAAUGUUCGACUUCUGCCGGUAUUGAUGUUUUAUUUCCAGCGAAGUUUCUACAGCUCGAAGAAAAGAGAACAAACGAUGCAGAAGGUCAUACCAGUAUCAUGUUGCAGUGUAAAAGCGACGUAUCUAAUCCAAUUAGUAAAAUAAGAUGGAACAUUACGUCAACUUUUCAAUAUGAAUCAUCCCAGGAAAAUGAAAAGGUUGAACAACUGUCUGGUCAUGUAAUGACUGAGGUAACAUAUUGA